GAACAUAAUAGUGUAGUGCAGUGUCGUUUUCUCUCCGUUGCAAUUCCUUGUCAAUUUUCAUGGCGCAAAAGCUUCUCAACGAGGAGAAUAAUAUUCUUAAGCAAUUGAGAGAUGGUACAGCAAAAUUUGAGAUUGUUUCUUCACCAGUUCCCUCCGUUGUUUCUCCCUUUAAUCCCAAUUCAAGCUUCUUCGGAGCUGGAAGUUCUAGCACUCUCUUUUUCGCUAGAAUUGGUUCAUCCAUUGGUCGACAGUCGGCAGCAAUGAAGAAACUUGAACGUUUUUCUGUUCACAAGGUUACAGGGGAUGGGCGGUGUCUGUUUCGUGCGCUCGUGAAAGGAAUGGCUUACAACAAAGGAGUUGCUCUUAACCAACGGGAGGAAAGAGAGAAUGCAGAUGAAUUAAGAAUGGCAGUCAAAGAAGCUAUAUGUGAAAAUGUAGGAGAUCGGAAAUUAUAUGAAGAAGCCAUCAUUGCUGUCACAGUUGAUGAGCCUUUACAACGUUACUGCAGGCGGAUUGUGCAACCAGAUUUCUGGGGAGGAGAAUCGGAACUAUUGGUAUUAUCAAAGUUAUGUAAGCAGCCAAUUAUUGUGUACAUACCAGAGCAUGAGCAUAGCGGCGGUGUCCGGGGAUCUGGUUUCAUUCCCAUUGCAGAGUAUGGAAGUGAGUUUGUAAAGGGUUCUAGCAGAAAAGCUGUGAGGCUGUUGUUCAGCGGUAAGAACCAUUAUGACCUUCUGUUAUGAGGAAUUGUAUCGAUGAAGGAGGAAAAAGAAUUAUAAUAUCAAUAUGAUUCUAGUCAUAUUGCAAGUUCACUUCUGUUUUUAAAACUUAUUUCCCAAAACAAAGUAGUUACUUUUUUUUUCA